UAUCUGCUUCCAAAGUUUCUAACUUCAAUUUUGUUGUGUUCUGUCAACAUAAGCUUUUAGAUGAAAUAUAGUGUUAUACAACAUAAGCAUCAUACUGAUAUUAAUGUAUUUGCUGUACAGAAAAGAGAAGGAAAGUGGACAAGUGAUUCACCCCCUCCACGAGAAUUAUUAUGGAUACUUGCACGCCAAAAUGAAAAUAGGGAGUAUAAGACUGAUGAAAUUGGUGAAGUUGCUGCUCAAAUUGAUGACUGCUCGAAAAAGAUCAAAGAGGGUACAAUUUUCUGUGAAGGUAAGACAGAUGCCGUUGUAAAGAUUUUGGGUGAAGAACAUGGUGGAAGAGUAAGGGCUGCAGGUACAAGAGUGACCCAUAGUCAGUAUUUUGACACUCCUCGACAGCGUGGAUCAUCAAAUAAAGAUAAUCUGAAUAAAAUCAGAGAACUGGAAGAGCAACUAAGAGUGAAAGAUGUGCAAGCACGAAUAAGUGAAGAGAACUUGAGAAAAUAAUUCCAACAACAAUUGGAGGAACAGUCACUAGACACAGAGAGAAAAUUGCAGAAACAAUUCCUUCAGUUCAAAGAAUUAUUGGGCAAAUCCCAAUAUGAUACGAUUCAG